CUUACUUGCAUCGAUCGUUACGGAUUCGUCAUAUAAAUUGUGGAUUUUUACGGUCUAUUCGUUGGUGGCGCUUAUCACAGUCACGCUUGGGUGAUGAACCUAUCUAGGCCUAUGUACAACGCAAUUGGAGCCUUAUGCCCUGGUAAGCCUGGCACCGUUCACAAUCUCGACCGGCGAUUUCGCCUUAUAUCACAACUUGUUUUUCCAUUAUAUACGACGAUCGAUGUCUGGGGUGGCGAAAAGCAGGUUUAAACAACCCACUUGGUUCCUGAUUUAAAAAUCCCCGUAGCGCCGCAUCCCUUUCUUCCUACUGUAUGUCUCACCUUUCCGAUGUUUUGUCCUGUCGACCGGUCGUUCCGUGAUGCAUCCGGGAUAUCAACUGGCGUGCGCCAUGUGGGCGAUGGCAGUCCUCUCGCUCGCCUUGGUUGCUCUCCGGCUCUAUACCCGCGUUCGGAUCGUCAAGUUCAUCGGCGCUGAGGAUUACAUGUACGCAUGUACGGGUAUAUUCUUCCUUUUGUUCGCUAGUUUCAUACAGGUCUCGGUCCAUUACGGGUUAGGUCAGAAUUUUUGGCAGCUGAAAAUCGACGACACUGCGGACGCUAUCUUUUGGACAUACGUUGCGAAUAGCUUUGCGAUUACUGGAAAUGCUAUGGCGAAAUUAUCGAUGGGCCUUUUUCUUCUUCGCGUGGUUCAAGUUAGGUGGCAUAAGAUCGCUCUCUGGACCGCCGUCAUUAUUACCACUGCCACAUCUAUCGCUCUUACUAUAAUGCUGUGGAACCAAACAACACCAAGAAAAGCGAGCUGGGAUCCGUUAAGAACACCGGGGACAUGGAAUAUACGGAUUCAGCCAUUAAGUGUUGGUCUCGGAGUAUGGUCCAGUGCCUGCGACUUUUUCUUCGCUAUUUUCCCUUGGUUAUUUAUUCAAUCGCUUCCUAUGUCUCAACGAGAAAAAGUUAUGUUAGCGGGUGGGAUGAGUUUGGGUGUAAUCGCCGGGGCUUGCGGUAUUACUAGGACCGUCGUGCUAUCGCGGCUGGACGUUUUUAACUAUACAUUAAAUUUCGUACCUUAUUUUGCUUGGGCUGGAGCGGAAAUUGCUGUCGCAAUGGUCUGUGUUGGUAUUCCAACUCUCCGGCCGUUAUAUUUGAAAACAAGAGAAUUUGCAAACGCGUAUUCAAACCAAACCCGAAGUAACGCAAGUCACUUACCUCGUUAUACAACAUAUAAACGUCAAAGCGCACGUCCACCCCGACCGUUACGCGACUCUGGAUUUUCACAUGCUCGUACCGAUUCUAACAUAUCGAGACCACCGGUUGCUCAUCCGAAGGCGCGAGACGAUAGUUUGGAUGAGAUAUUAUCGGAAUAUCAUAAUCAACACGCCGGUGUAAUAUGGGUCAAGAAUGAGGUUCGCAUACAAGAGGACGUUGCGGAAUGGCCCCUACGGAAUUAAUACUUAAUAGAUACCUAUACCUAAGUUAGAUGUGGUAACAAAUUGCUACCAGACGCGAGUCACUAUAAUACAGUAUAUAUUGUCAUGGAAUACAUUCACGUAUCUGUGACAUACCUGGAUAUGACUGGAAUAA